CUCAACCAACCCCCCGUUGCAUCUGCACCACUUCCACCCCAACGCCGGCCUGUCCCAGUCGCAAGUCAUGUUCGACGGCCUGCUCGUUGUCACAUCCAUAUAGCCAACCGCAACCCUCGCCAUGGCCGAACCCGAGCAAUCAGCAAUACCCCCGGCCCUCACGCCGGUGGAGAAGCCGCUGAGCUUGAUUCCCGUCGUCUUGAAAGAGGCCGCCCUCGACAGUCCCACCUUCCGCGCCACCGCCGUCCAUUUCGGGGAGCAGCUCGACCUUAUCGAGCGAUGGCUGGACAACUAUGUCGGCGCUGCGAGCAAGCUCGUCAGGGAGGUGAACAGCCUCGAAACCGCCGUCUACGCAUUCCUCGCCCAAUCUGCGCCGCCGCAACAGGUCUCGGAGGCCAUUCUCGACCAUGACUACACCAUGGAAGCCAUGAAGCGUUACAACCAGGGCGCGAGAGAGUUUUGGAUGGCGACGCUCAAGGGCAUGAAGAGAGUCGACGCGACCAUCAUUGAACCGAUCAAGACCUUUUUGUCCGCCGACUUGCGCGGUUUAAAGGAUGCCAGGAGGAACAUGGCCGCUUCGCAGAAGGAAUUCGACGGCCUCAUCGCUCGGUAUGCUGGUCGCAAGAAGACCGAGGAGGCCUCGUCCCUCCGCGAAGAGGCAUUCCAGGUCCACGAAGCUAGAAAGGCCUAUCUCCGCGCGUCCAUGGACUUCUGCGUCAUGACCCCCCAAAUCAGGACCACAUUGGACAAGCUGCUGGUAAAGAUAUUUACCGAGAGAUGGCGGGAGAUGAAGUCUGUAAGAGAAGGUUCGGAUCAAAUUUUCGGCAAGCACAGUCAUGAGAUGGAACGUAUCAGGGGCUGGAGCCGCGAAAUGGAGAACGGUGAAAGAGUUUUCAAGCGCGAGCUCCACCUUGCUAGAAAGCAGCUUGAAGACAACGCCGAGCAUAGCAUCAGACCCUCGCGCGAGCUGGAGGAUUACUCGAUAUCGACCGUGCCGUACCUCGGUUCCCACUCUUCGACGAAUGCGCAGCCUCCCCCCAAGCCCCCUGGAUCGGAAAAAUCCGAAAAACAGGGAUGGCUUUUUGAGCGGACCAUCACCGGUAAGCCCGCCCGCGCUCUUUGGGUGCGGAGAUGGUUCUUUGUCAAGAAUGGUAUUUUCGGUUGGUUGAUUCACGGUGCCCGCACUGGGGCUGUUGAAGAAUCCGAAAAGAUUGGGCUUUUGCUUUGCGGAGUACGCCCUGCGUUCCAGGAAGAACGCCGUUUCUGUUUCGAGGUGAAGACCAAGGAUAAAUCCGUCGUUUUGCAAGCCGAGACCCAGGCAGAGCUGACUGAAUGGAUUGCCACGUUUGAUGUUGCUAAGCGCAAGGCCCUAGAGGACCCAGCGAGUACAGACACAUCCAGCAGCAACAACGCCGACGCCGCUUUCGCCAUCAGCCCUCCCGUAGCCCCCGAAUUUGCCGCCAGGACCACGGAUGGCCACGUUGCCCAUGGCAGCGAUGAACUUCCUAACCUCAAGCACGCAGAGACUUUGCCUGUACCCGACCGCGAUGCCCAAGCCUCCAGGAGUAGUUCCGAGAACACCAGCGGCCGCCGCCUUACCUCUGGCGAACGAGACGGUGAAAGCAGCCGCGAUCACGCCGCACGAAUCAUCCAAAAAUUGGACCUCCACAGAAAAUCGCCUGCUGGAAAUCAACUUGCUGGUAUGCCAACAUUAACUCCAUCAUCUGGCGGUAUUGCUAGCCUUAUUGCGUCAAGUCACAAUAUUCACAACUUUCUCUCAGCCGCCCCGCCAGCCGCCCAACCCAGCUCCGCUUCCCCGGAUACCCGCGUUCCCGUGCUUACCGCUAGUACUCUGGCGCCGUCAACCCUUGCCAACUCGCCCGCCCCUACUAAUCUGAGCAAAGCCGCUAUCAUCAUCAGUGGUGAGAGAGGCGUCGGAAUUGGCCGCUCGGAUGGGGGUAUGCCCUCUGGAAUAUUGGCUAAUUUGUGGGGCUCUACUCACUGGGGUUUUGUGAAUCGUAUGGAAAGAGGAGAAGUUAAGCACCAUGCAGCCAAAGCGAUAUCUCAGCCGCCUAGUCCCGUCAUCAAGUCGAUCGCAGGUACUGAUAUCAUCAGCGAAGUUCCCCCUGCAGCUUUGAAGGGCGAAUCAACAGAAGCAGAGACAAUGAUCUCGGAUGAGAUUAAAAAGGGACACCGGAAGACCCUCAGCUUGAACACGGAUCCCGCCAAGCUCGAACUUCGACCGCACGUACCCUUAUCGCCGAAGGAGUAUCCUAGCUAUUACCCCCUGGCUCUUAAAGCCCAGGAUGCACAGUUCAGAAUUCUGUUCCCCAGCGUCCCGCGCGAGGAGAAGGUCGUGUUGGUUUUCAGAGCGACAUGGAACCCUAACGAUCAGCAAGAGUUCCCAGGCCGCGUCUACGUCACAACUACGGACGUUUAUUUCUACAGCAACCACCUUGGACUGGUGCUAAUCACGGGUAUCAGUUUGGACAACAUUGAAGAGAUCACUGCAGCCCCGGGCCGCGACUGCGACUUCCUCUUCAUUCACUUUAAGGAUGGCGUCAGAAAAUACGAUGACUCCACGCGUGUGACUGUCAAGGUAUUCCUUGAGCCGCUGAAAUUGCUGCAGAAGCGCCUCAACUUUUUGGUCCGCAAUUGCAAUUCCGACGAUCCCAAGGGCCUUGAAUCAGUCAUCAGAAUACUCACUAGGUUGGAAGAUGACGACUUUACGGAUCCUGAAAUGGACAACUGGGACAACCUCUCGAAUAUCGAUACGCCCAUUGAGGCUACCCGCCCACGUGCUGGUUCUAACCUCAAAGCCACCCUGCGCAUUGACGGCAACCUCUUUGCGGACUCGUCGAGCAUGGGUCUUCGCCGCAACCCUACGCGGUUCAAGCUGCCGUUCCAACCUGUCGUCUACCGGCCGCAGGGCAUGGCACGUCUGGCCAUCGAGCGCGAAUUCGACAUUAGUGCCAAGGCCCUCUUCCAUGUCAUGUUUGGUGACAGGAGUGCGGUCUUCCAGAUACUGUACAGGGAACGGUGGGCUCAGCAGAUCACCCAAGGUCCCUGGAACCAGUCCCAGGAGGGCGCGUUGUACAAGAGGGAGUUCGAGUACCACACCAACCAAGAAUCCGGUCACGUCGUCAGCGAUUACCAGGUCAUAGAAGUCCUCAAUGACCAUCUCUGCUACGUUGUCACGGACAAGAAAACGCCGUGGUACCUGCCAUGCAGCAACAACUUUGUGUUGGUGGCGAAAAUUGUCAUCACGCACGUUGCCAAGAGCCGUUGCAAGCUCGGCAUAUACACGAAGGUGGACUGGGAGCGCAGCCCUAUGCUCAUCAAGCACAUUCUCGAGCACCAAGCCCUCGAGGACCUCGACUUGGAGAGCCAGGAUCUGACCGACGUCAUCGCGGACCAGGUCAACAAGCUCGGGUCCAAGAGCAAGACGAGAAAGGCCGUACAGAUCUUCGGGUACAUUGGGCACUCGACGCAAGCCGCGCAAGUUGUGGCGGACGACAUGCCGCCGCCAGCCAAGGAGCGGCAAUUCAAGCUGCGGCGACGCACGGUCCCAAUGAUGCUGUUCGAUGCAGCGCUGCUGGUGGCUGCGGACUGGGUGUCGACGAUCAUCGCAUGGAUUAGCAACGUGGUGGCGGCCGUCGCCAAGGUGUGCACGGCACAUAGCAUGCUGCUGGCGCUGUUGCUGUUUAGCGGUGGUAUGAACCUGUUGUGGAGUUAUCGCGACAGUUGGAGUUGGUGGCAGGAGCGCAGUGCGGGCAAAUUCAUGGCACGACUGGGCGUGAAGCCCGACAUUGUUAUGGGGAAGGCAGUGUAUCUGCGGGACAUUGAUGAGAUGUUCGCAAACAACACGGCACAGGUGGAGUGGGGGGUUGGUACGGGAGGUAUUGAUGGCGAGGCUAACAGCUGCCACCAAACCUUCAUCAACCUCCUCCACAACGACCCCGACAACCUCCCGGCUAUGGGCUCCUUCAGCGCCGCUCUUACGCCCAGCACGCGCAGCACGUCGACGAGGCUGCAGCGCACGCGCCAGAACCUCGGCGCGUACAGGCAUGACCUGCUGGUGGCGAUGCGGUUGGUCAACCGCGUCGAGCGCGAGGUGCUGCAGGCCGAGUGGGAGAACUGGCUCCUGGACGAGAAUGUACGGUGUCGGCGCGUGGGCGACCUGGUCCGCAGACGGCAGGACGACAUUGCUGCGGGGAAGAAGAUCGCAGAAGCUGAGGAGGAAGAGGGCGGCAACGAGGCGUUUGAGGCCGUGCGCGAGUGGUGGGGGAAGUAUUGUGGGGAUUGUAGGGGCGCGUUGGAGGGCGCGGGGAGGCUGGCGUAGUCCUGCGUGAUGGGUUGUGCCUGGCAUGGUGGG